AUGGCGCACUACAAGGGGCUCCUCCUGCAGGGCGGUGACUCCAAGCGGGAGCAGUUCCGCCGCUACCUGGAGCGCUCGGGGGUGCUGGACACGCUCACUAAGGUGUUGGUAGCCUUAUAUGAAGAACCAGAGAAACCAAAUAGUGCCCUGGACUUUCUGAAGCAUCAUCUGGGAGCUUCAGCUCCUGAGAAUCCAGAAAUAGAAGCGCUUCGCUUGGAAGUGGCAGAGAUGAAAGAAAAAUAUGAAGCUGUGUUGGAAGAAAAUAAAAACCUGAAAAUAAAGCUGGCUCAGUAUGAACAGCCUCAAGAGGAGAAGCACGGGGAAUAACAGUACUUUCUCCUUAAAUGCCUUGACUUAAUAAAGGGCUUCCUGAGAAAUGCAGUCCUUUUUCUCUGUGUGUGUGUGUAAACUCUGCACAUCUACUUUGUUACCUCAUCUUAAAGAAAGAAAAAUUACAGUAUCAUGAGCGAGCAGCUGUUUUUUGUGCAGCAGCAACAGAUGAGCUCAAAGCAACUUCUUGUGUUUAAGACAAGGUGAUAGUUACGGUUAACUCAUAGAUACCUGUGCUUGCCAGCUCUGAGUGAAUUUGGCCUUGUGGUCAACGGUCCUGUGAUGCUGCUGAUAUCUCUUGGUUUUCUUUUAACUGGAUGUGACGCAGAUGGACCGGCUGUGAACUAAAGCAAGACCUCGAGAUGCAUUUGAAGUUGGCGCUUGGCAUGGAGGUCAGGCUUGGAGUGGAGCUGGUGGCGUAACUGCCUGCUCGGAGAAGCGUGAAAGGAGAGAGCACUGUUAUGUCAAGGGGUGGACAUG